CGCUGUUCUCUUUAAUAAAAAAAAUGAAUGCGUCCGGCACGCACUCAAACUAGUAUGUAUGCUCCAUCAGAGUUCCAGUAUUUCAUAUUACGUCAUCAGAAGGCGCCAGCUCUAUUUGUUUGCAGAAUUGUGUGAUUGUUUUAGGGAUUGUCUGCAAGGAUGGGCAGCAGGAGGAGAGCCCUGCACUAUGUGCUCAAGGUGGCUGACAGGGCGCAGACGGCCCGAUUCUAUAGAGAUGUUCUGGGAAUGAAGAGUUUACGACAUGAAGAAUUUGAAGAAGGUUGCAAAGCCACUUGCAAUGGCCCAUAUGAUGGAAAAUGGAGUAAAACUAUGAUAGGAUAUGGGUCUGAAGACAGCCACUUUGUAGUAGAACUCACCUACAACUAUGGAGUGGGGGAAUAUCGCCUAGGCAAUGAUUUCUUGGGACUCACUCUGCAGUCCAGCCAGGCUGUGUUAAAUGCAAAGAAGAUGAAUUGGCCACUCUGUGAACUGAGCUCUGGACUGUAUGAGACAGAAGCUCCUGGAGGGUACAAGUUCUACUUAGAAGACAAAAAACAACCCAACACAGAUCCAGUCCAAAAGGUGACUCUAGCUGUGUCCAAUCUACAAAAAUCUAUUGCGUACUGGUGUGACCUGCUGGGGAUGAAAAUCUAUCAUAAGGAUGAGAGUAAAAAGAGUGUUGUGUUGGGUUAUGCAGAUAACCAGUGCAAGUUGGAGCUGAAGGAUAUAGGCGGACCAGUGGACCAUGCAACAGCGUUUGGCCGGAUUGCAUUUGCUUGUCCAAAAGAUGAGCUUCCAACUAUUGAGUCAGUUAUGAAAAGAGAGAAUCAAAAGAUCCUGACCCCUCUUGUAAGUCUAGAUACUCCUGGAAAAGCUACGGUCCAAGUUGUCAUCUUGGCAGAUCCUGAUGGUCACGAAAUUUGUUUUGUUGGAAAUGAAGCAUUCCGAGAACUGUCUCAGACUGAUCCAAAUGCAGAUAAUCUUCUAAAUGAUGCAAUGGCUGCAGACAAGAGUGAAGAAUGGUUUGCAAAACGCAAAAGACAGAAGCCUUCUGCGUGAUUAACAAUGACAGACCUUCAUGGCUUAAUAACUAUGUAAUCAGUAUAUAAUACUAAAUUCAAUACUACAAAUUAAAAUCUGACAGACUAAAACAUUUUGCAAAUAUUGCUAUGCUAUAAAAUCUAUUACAGUUUGUCUUUACUGUGCUUAUUCCAUUUGCAGUGGGUCUCAGUACACUUUGUGUUUAUCUAAUUGCUAUUGCCCUAUGUGUACUGCUAAAUGGUGGCCUACUAAUGUAAUACUGUGUUAUCAUUGCAUUUUUACAAUAGUACAGCUGAUUUAUAGCACUCUUAGUGCAGAUUCAGGUGAUUUCUUAUUUCCUGCUGUUCAGUUUUGAAAAAAUAAAAUACAAAAUUCUACCAUUA